AUGAUUUCUUGGUUUACUUUAGUUUUGGUAGUUAUUUCAGUUUCUGUAUCAAGUGCAUCUAUGGGAUUUUGUGAUCCAAAUGACUGUGGUGUUGAUCAAGUCUGUAUGCUUGAUAACAAUGCAAAGCAUUGUAUCUUACAGAAUGAUGUCCAUAAUUUAGCUGUAACUCAGGUGAUGGAAAAGACAUGGGUAGAGAAUGGUAAAAAUUUCACUCUGUAUCGUGUGCAUAUUAUCAACUUUGGUGUCAAAACUUUGAAACAUAUUUCAAUUCAAACAGAUAGCACUUUAGAUCCAAGAGAUAAUACUUCUAUUUGGAAUAUUGAAUUCCAUAAUGGAUUCUUUACACUUCCUUUCUAUAGUUUUGGCAUUCCAGCUGGUGGUGAAUUUAUUUUUGGAUACAUUGACCAUGGUGUUAAAGCUCCAAACCUUUACAUUCGUUCAAUUAAUUUUUAA